CGAAUGUCACGACAUAGUGGUUUUAUUGUUUUUCGUUUAUGCACGUAUAAAUACGUAUGCAUGUAUAGCACUAAGUACCCAAGUAGGUACUUUACUGUAAAUAGUUGAAAAGUUUUCACAGAUCGGAAGACUAUUUCGUCGAUGGAAACAUAGGUAAAAAGACGAAGGAAUCGAUAAAGUGGAACAAAGAAAAAAUUAAAGUUUGAAAGUUUUACGAACGAUCAUUUUAUGAUUCGACGCUCGGUGGGUAGUCAACAAAACCGACUAAACGUUCGUCAAUCACAUGUGCGUUUGCGACUCGAAGAGAAUGAAAACAUACUCUAACUAAGGAUUUUUGGAUAUGUUACGAGUUCAAGACCCAACACGAUAUAUUCGUUUGAAAUGAACGAAUUGGCAAAUUUGUUAUUUUAACGUGGAAUCAUACAUUCUACCGUAACCUUUAUUUGUAUGCACAUAUCUGUUGCUACUCCAUAAAUCGUUGAUAUAUUGGUCGGAAAUCAUCCGAAAAUGGUACCAUUGGGACCAUCACCAGGGCAUCAAACGUCCGUUAAUAAUACAUCAACUGCUCCAAGUGCCACUGGAACCAAAAGCAGCUCCACAUUGAAACCAAAUUAUACCCUAAAAUAUACUCUAGCAGGUCACACUAAAGCAGUUUCUUCUGUGAAAUUUAGUCCCAACGGGGAGUGGCUUGCAAGUUCUUCUGCUGAUAAGUUAAUCAAAAUAUGGGGAUCCUAUGAUGGAAAAUUUGAGAAAACCAUAUCUGGUCAUAAAUUAGGUAUUUCAGAUGUAGCAUGGUCUAGUGACAGUAGGCUAUUGGUAUCUGCAUCUGAUGAUAAAACAUUGAAAAUAUGGGAAUUAAGUUCUGGGAAAUGCUUAAAGACAUUAAAGGGUCAUAGUAAUUAUGUUUUCUGUUGUAACUUUAAUCCACAGUCAAAUCUUAUAGUCUCUGGUUCUUUUGACGAAAGUGUUCGAAUAUGGGAUGUGCGGACUGGAAAAUGUCUCAAAACGUUACCCGCGCAUUCAGAUCCCGUAAGUGCGGUGCACUUUAACCGGGAUGGAUCAUUGAUCGUAUCUAGUAGUUACGAUGGAUUGUGUCGAAUUUGGGACACAGCAUCGGGCCAGUGCUUAAAAACAUUGAUUGACGAUGAUAAUCCUCCAGUAUCUUUCGUAAAGUUUUCACCAAAUGGAAAAUACAUUUUAGCAGCGACAUUAGAUAACACGUUAAAACUUUGGGACUAUAGCAAAGGAAAAUGCUUGAAAACGUAUACCGGCCAUAAAAAUGAAAAGUACUGUAUAUUUGCAAACUUUUCUGUCACAGGAGGAAAGUGGAUCGUUUCGGGCUCGGAAGACAACAUGGUGUAUAUCUGGAAUUUGCAAACCAAAGAGAUCGUUCAAAAAUUGCAAGGACAUACAGAUGUCGUCCUUUGCACAACAUGUCAUCCAACGGACAAUAUUAUAGCUUCAGCCGCUCUUGAAAAUGACAAAACUAUUAAAUUAUGGAAAAGCGAUACGUAGAACACGUCUCUAUUGAUUUUAUUAAAACUUUUACAAGGUGCUUUUGCACUCGUUGACUACUCACACUCAUCUUUUGUCUCCGAGGCUUUCUCAAUUUUCGAUCGUAGCAGUAUUUGUAAUUUCGACGGUCGAUUCGUCUUCCCUACAAUUGCGGAAAGUUGAAUUUCAAUUUCAUAUGCGUUGGAUUCCAAUGUGGUAUCGAAUAUUGAUCCAGAAAACGCAAUAAUCUACACAUAAAAAAAAAUGUGUGCGACUUAAUCAAUAUAGAUUUUAUUUAGAAUCCACUAAGCUGAGUAGACGAGUUAGAAGAUAGCAAUGUUUGAAUUAAGGGUUAAGAAUAUAAAAGGACACGAAUAUAAAAUGUCGUUGAUAAAAUUGUGUUUAGAUAAACAAUUGUCUGUCAUAGUUUUGACAUUUAUUGUAUAGUUGGUCACUUUAUCCUGCAACUCCGCUACGUAUAACACGCAUGUAGCCUUUCCUGCAUAGCUGAAAAAUAAAACAGUGCGUAGAGAUUACCGAACAGUUAACGUAUAUUGACUGAGACAGAAAAAGGAAACAAGCAAAUCAAAACGGAUGCUUGUAACACGUAAACAGUUAUGUAAACAAAUCGAGAAUAAAAUAUAUAUUUUCGUACCUGA